AUGAUGUGGAAGGCUCCGGUUGUUAUGGCCAUGAUCCUUCCCCUGGUGUCUGCCGCCCUUGCGGAUUUCGCACUUCAAACAGUACUUGACAAUACCACUCCAAUAUUUGGAUCAUACAAAAAAAGCACAGGAGGAAAAGCGGAAUGGAUGAAGACAUAUCCCGACGAAACUUUACUCGUUCAUAUGAACAUCCCCGGCACCCAUGACAGCGCCACGUGGAAUUAUACCCAGGCGACACAAGAUGCCCUGCGCGGCAUCACAGAUCUCAACCAGGUCGAUGUUCCAGUACCAGAAGCAUUGAGAUGUCAGGAGUUAUCUUUUCUCGACAUGCUCGAUAUGGGAAUCCGGGCAUUUGAUCUGCGAUAUGCUUUCGAUCCGACAAACUCCACCCUCAUCUUCUACCAUGCACAGGCGCUGCUCUCAGAGACGGCAACAGUCAAUGAUGUACUGUUCGGAUUCUACCAGUGGCUGGAUGAUCACCCCUCAGAGACUAUCUUCCUUUCAUUUCAGUAUCAAGGCUCGACGGGCCUAUACGCCUCCAACAACGCGGCCGUACAACUGCAACUCUACAAUAUCCUCACCUCCCCCGCUGCGCGCCACUAUUUUAUGCAGAAGAAAGACGAAUUAGGCACACUGGGCGAGUCGCGUGGCAAGAUAACUCUCAUGCGCCGCUUCGACCUGGACAAACUUCCGGAUUCUUACACAGCCGCACUUCCCGGCCUGCACUUCUCGCCCAGUCUCUGGACCGAUAACGGCGCAGAUAUUACUUUGGUAUAUAACAAGGCCAAGGGGUUGAGGGCCUACAUAGAGGACUACUACCAGCCACUCACACCAAUAGGGUCGAGUGCGGUCGAGAAUAUCAGGUGGAAAUACAAUGCCACAGUGAAAAGCAUUCGGAAAGCUACUAGCCACCAUCCGGAUAGUCUCUUCUGGACAUGGGCGUCUAGUAACAACAUAGCAAAUGAUCCUCCCGAUUGGCCUCGGAUCAUGGCACUGGGAAAUGGCACUGAAUUUACACCGGAUGGUGGGAUUAACCAGCAAUUAGUGCCUUUCCUGAAAAAACAGAAAGGAAAGCGAGUGGGGAUCGUGAUGUUUGAUUUCUUUGAGGAGCCUUCCAAUUUGGUCGAUACGUUCUUAGAUUUGUAA